AUGAGAUUCACAUCUAAGAUCCCGAAGCAAUAUGUAUAUCACAAUGCCUUAGUUACACUCCGUUCACACGAUUUAGUUGCUCCAUGCAUACAACCUGGGUAUGGGAAAAAUUUCUUCAUACUCAAGAUUUUGGAAUUACUUCAGAAUUCUAAAAUGAUGCAGUCUGACCUUGGCAAAUUAUUUGUUGGUGGGAUUUCAUGGGACACAACUGAAGAACGACUCAAAGAAUAUUUUGGUGUAUAUGGAGAUGUUCUGGAAGCUGUAAUUAUGAAGGAUCGCUCCACGGGACGUGCUCGUGGUUUCGGUUUUGUUGUUUUUGCUGAUCCUGCUGUUGCUGAGAGAGUCAUUAAGGAUAAGCACAAAAUUGAUGGCAGGAUGGUCGAGGCAAAGAAGGCUGUUCCUAGGGAUGAUCAGAGCACAGGGAGUAGAAACAGUAGUCGCAUUCAGGAUUCUCCUGGUUCAGGUCAAACAAAAAAGAUUUUUGUGGGAGGUUUAGCAUCCACAGUUACAGAGGGUGACUUUAAGAAGUAUUUUGAGCAGUUUGGUACAAUCACAGAUGUUGUGGUGAUGUAUGAUCACAACACUCAAAGGCCUAGAGGGUUUGGAUUUAUCACUUAUGAUUCCGAAGAUGCAGUAGACAAAGUCUUGCUCAAGACAUUUCACGAGCUGAAUGGUAAGAUGGUUGAGGUCAAGCGUGCAGUCCCCAAAGAGUUAUCGCCUAGUCCUAGCCGAAGCCCUCUUGGUGGAUAUACCUAUGGAGUAGGUAGGUUCAAUAGCUUUCUUAAUGGCUAUCCUCAGGGAUACUCUCCAAGUACAAUGGGAGGAUAUGGAGUCAGGAUGGACAGUAGAUUCAGUCCAAUUGCUGGUGGGAGAAGCAAUUUUUCUCCAUUUACUUCUGACUAUGAUCUGGGGCUGAAUUAUGAACCUGGGUUAGGCCCAGCUUAUGGAGGAAGUGAGAAUUUUAAUAGUUCUCUUAACUAUGGGCGGUCACUGAACCCUUAUUAUGUUAAUUCAAACUCAAAUAGAUUUGACAAUUCCGUUCGGUUUGAUGGUGGGAAUGAAGGAAAUUCCUCUUUUUUCAGUUCAGGUACAGGUACCCGAAAUUUAUGGGGUAAUGUAGGGCUUAAUUAUGGAACAAACUCUGCUGGUUCUAGUAAUUAUGUGGAAUCUGGGAGUGGGAACAUUGGGGGAGGAACUUUUGGAAACAGUGGAGUUUGGAGUACUCAUCCAUUUUCACCACAAGGUGGACAGAAUGUUCCAAGCCAAACUGGAAAUUUUGGUUAUGGAGGUGGUGAUAAUACUUAUGGUUUGGCAGGGAGAGGCUAUGGAAGAAAUAUUUCAACAAGUAGGGCCCCAACCUUAUCAUAUGCUGCAUCAAAUGACAACUAUGAUGAGGCUUUUGCUGAUCUGUAUGAUAGUAAUUUGGGUUAUCUAGACCCUACAUGGAAUUCUGCAAAUUCUGAUCAACAGGGAUCUGUGAUGGUGGUACCUAGAGACAGAUUGAUAGAGAUAUUGCUGGCUAGGAAGGAUGUUAAAGUAGAUCAAAGUUUGUGUAGCAGCUGA